GCGGCGGCGAGGCCGAGGCGCUCGGGGCCCGUUUCAAACCGGCGGUCGCGGGGCCGCGGCCCGGCACGAGAUGGCGGAGAGCGACAGGGUCGAGGCGGCCGCGCCGCGCAGGGCCGAGGAGGCGGCCGGGCAGCAGCCCCCGCAGCCGCAGCAGCAACAGCCGCCGCCGCAGCAGCAGCCGCAGCAACAGCCGCCGCAGGAUGAGGAGGCGGCGGCGGCCGCGGCGCCCGGGAGCGGCGCGGGCAGCGCUAAUGGCGUCAAAAUGGAAAAUGAUGAGACAGCAAAAGAGGGGAAAGCACCUGUGAAAGAGAAGUACGUUGCAAAAGCGAAGGCAAUCCCUUCUCUUGGAAACAAGAAUAGAUUCCAGCCCUAUUCCAAGGAGAAGAAUGCAGGCUCUGGAGACAAGAAGGCUGUUAAUCGUAAUAGAGUUUUUAUUAGCAACAUCCCGUAUGACAUGAAAUGGCAAGCUAUUAAAGAUCUUAUGAGAGAGAAAGUUGGUGAGGUUACAUACGUGGAGCUGUUUAAGGAUGCUGAAGGAAAAUCAAGGGGUUGUGGUGUGGUUGAAUUCAAAGAUGAAGAAUUUGUUAAGAAAGCAUUAGACACUAUGAACAAAUAUGAUCUUAGUGGAAGACCCCUGAAUAUUAAAGAGGAUCCUGAAGGUGAACAUGCUCGUAGGGCAUUACAGCGUGGGGGAGGACAGUUUCCAGGAGGACAUGGACCUGAUGCAGCACCUGGAAUAAUGAAUUUACCACCUUCUAUUCUCAAUAAUCCAAACAUUCCUCCUGAAGUUAUCAGUAACUUGCAGGCAGGCAGGCUUGGGUCCACUAUUUUUGUUGCUAAUCUUGACUUUAAAGUUGGCUGGAAGAAGCUGAAGGAGGUGUUCAGCAUUGCUGGAACUGUGAAGCGUGCUGACAUCAAGGAAGAUAAAGAUGGCAAGAGUCGAGGGAUGGGAACCGUUACCUUUGAACAAGCAAUUGAAGCUGUUCAAGCAAUAUCAAUGUUCAAUGGACAAUUCCUGUUUGAUAGACCCAUGCAUGUAAAAAUGGAUGACAAAUCAGUUCCUCACGAAGAUUUCCGUGUUGCGGACAGCAAAGGCUCACAGUUACCUCGUGGUCUUGGUGGCAUUGGUAUGGGACUUGGACCAGGUGGACAACCCAUCAGUGCAACACAGUUGAGCAUGGGCGGUGGAAUGGGGAGCAUGGGUCCAGGAGGUAUGGGAAUAGACGGUCCAGGAUUUGGUGGAAUGAGUAGAAUGGGAGGCGGACUUGCUGGAUUUCGUGGAAUGGAAGGAAUGCCCAAUAUGGGAGGAUUUGGAGUCAACCGCAUGGGAGAAAUGUUCCGUGGUGGAAUGGGAGCAAACAUGGAAAGAGAAUUUGGUCGUGGUGAGAUGGCAUUGAACCGUGGUUUUGGAGAGUCUUUUGGAAGGAUGGGUGGUGCAAUGAUUGGUGUUUUUGCAGGAGGAAUGGGAGCACCUAGCAUGGGCCCAGUAAGAUCUGGAAUGAGUGGUGGAAUGGGUGGUAUGAACAGUAUGGCUGGAGGAAUGGGAAUGGAUCGGAUGAGCUCUGGAUUCGAUCGGAUGGGACCAGCCAUGGGGGGAGGCCUGGACAGGAACAUCGAUAUCGAUCGAGGGUUUGUGCCUGGCCCCAUGGGAAGUGGCAUAAGAGAGAGACUGGGCUCUAAAGGCAACCAGAUAUUUGUGAGAAAUCUUCCUUUUGACUUGACCUGGCAGAAGCUAAAGGAGAAAUUCAGUCAGUGUGGUCAUGUAAUGUUUGCAGAAAUAAAAAUGGAGAAUGGAAAAUCAAAGGGCUGUGGAACAGUCAGAUUUGACUCACCAGAAUCUGCUGAAAAGGCCUGUAGGAUAAUGAACGGCAUAAAAAUCAGUGGCAGAGAAAUUGAUGUCCGCUUGGAUCGCAAUGCAUAAUUUAAAACUCUGUGUUCAGGAACAUUCCUAUGUCUUGUUUAGCUUCUCUAUCUUAGCAAGUCAUUUUUAGUAACAUUGUAUGCUUACAAAAGAUGUAAAAAGGAACUUUUAAAUCCCACCAGCCUUUAACAGUAUAGUGUUUAAUAUACUGUGAUACUUGUUAACUGAAUCUUACUAUGUUUGGUUUUUAAAGACAAUUUGCCUGAUUUUUGUUGUUUUUUUAGAGGCACUGAGCACCUGCAGGUCCCUGUUGACCAUGGAAGGUUUGGAUGCUCAGUGCCUUUGGAAAAUUAGGCCAAGUGUCUCUAGUCAUUCAGUUUAAAUGAAUGGUUAUACUGUUUUUAAUAAAAUAAGCCAUUUUCUCUGUUAAUCUCAAGACUGCAUAGUGGGAUUUAUUUAGUGUUUUCUGGUUUUUAUUUUUGCCCUCCAGUGUGUAUCAACAUUGUAAUGUAAAAAGUAGAUGUCUUUUUAUUUUUCAGGAUUUUGGUUUUAUAUGUGUGUUGUAGUCAUACUGUAAUUCCUGACUCUAAAAGAAAGGGCUCCAGUUAAGCUGUGAUGUUUUUGUUCUUAAUAUUACUUUGAUGACAUGAUUUAGUUCUGUAUAUAAGACUUAGAGCCCAGUGGGAGUUUGGAGUUGUUUUUUUUAUUUUAUUUUAUUUUGACUAAGUGAAGAAACUGAUCUUUUCCUCCUGCUUUAAUUUUUUUCAUCAGUAUAAUCACUGAUUAAAACUAGUUACCACAGACCCUUGUAGGAUUGUUUCCUAUGAUGCCAAGUUCGUAUAAAAUUGCUAGUACAGUAAAUACUAAGUACAGUACAAGACAAAUGGUUCCCAAUUUUUUAUCUAUUUUCCAGCCAUUCAGGUGAACUGCCAGAAAAAUAAAAACAACAGAACAGAUAAGAGAAAUGGCUGUGUAUGUCAGACCACUGCUGUUCACUUCUAUGGGUCCUGAUGUAUUUAUGAAGGCGGUUUUUAUAAACCAGGGUAUUCCCAAACAGAGCAUAUCAAAUACGUUGGAUCCUACAAUGUUAGACAUAGCCAUAUCUCCAUUUCCUGGAAAAGAAGAAAGGCAGAUAAGUUUGCUUAAUUGUAUUGGAUGAAAUUACCAAACUGUUUUGGAGGAACAGACUGUCAGCCCUCAGUUUCUCACAGAGCACUCUUUUCAGAUUUUGCAUCGAAGGAACUGUAGUCAUGACUCUACAGAACACGGUUUUGGGUACCACAAGCAUAAAAAUAUCUCCCUAAAUCACCAGCAUCUGCACAGUUGCACUUAAAAUAAGCUAGACAGGCUAAGGUCCAGUUAAGUUUAAAAUACCAAGACCUACAGUUGUGUUCUGCAGUAAAACUGUAAUACUUGAUCAACAACAAAUAGAUCAAUCUAGAAUACUUCUCUGAGAUACUCUGAGAAGUUUUGAAAUGUCUGAGCCACAGCUUUUUCAGGUAAGCUAUUUAUUUAUUUUUAGUAAACUUAAGCUCUAGAAUCUGGAGCACAAAUUUUGAAGUUACUCCUUGAAUUCCUGGAAGUGUUGACUAGAACUCUUUUUUUUUUCUUCAUACCUCUUAAACACAUCCAUUGGCAUGAGGUGGAAUACUAAAAUCUUUACCUUUUCGAGCGACCAGCACGCUUGCAACUGUAUCUGGUACACUUGUUCCUGCUGCUAGUAAUGUGAGACCCAUUACUGACUCUGGAAUUCCCAGUGUUUCACCUGCAGUUGAUAAAUAACGGUGGAAAAUGCAAGUAUGUUUUUAGUUAGGUUUCAUCCAAAGAAAGUGCUUUGCACUAUGUUUGCUAAAGAAAGAAUUAGUAAUCAUACAGUAAUUUCAAAUGGAAUGUGUCAGCUAACUUGACUACAUAUGAAAUGACUAAAUCACAAAGCAGUUAAAAACAUGAGUAACAACAAAGAAAUACCAUCCUGUCCUUGUUCUUCGAUCAAAUAAAAAAAGGAACUGUGGUAUAGUGACCAUCUUAAGUUUCUCAAAGACCUGUGUAGAAUGUCUCCAGUGGUCAAGAAAAUAGCAGUUAUGAAUUUUUUUCUUGCAGAUAAAGUAGAUGUUUAAAUAUCUAACAACUAAUUUUUUUUUCUUUCUUUUUGCUUUCAACUUUAGAAAAUAUAGUCUCUUUUACAGUUUUGGGCGUCUCCUCAUUAGCGUUCAAAAGACUUAUGAAGCAAUAACUCUUACAAGCACAUGAAUUUUCUUGGGUAGGAGGGUCAUUAAGAUAUUAGGAGAAAACUGUCUCAACUACAUGUUUACCAUUUCACUCCAAUUAGAAAGUGCUUAGAUUUGGAAGAAUCAAAAUGCAGAAUUUUUAUAUGACUUGUAAGUACAAGUAACCCUUUGGGAGUGUGAGUUCCGUUAGGUAAAUACUUGUUUAAAUGAAGAAAAGUUCUAAACUGUUACUAAAAGGGCAGCUUAUUUUUCCCCCACUAUUUUUCUUAGCCCCACAUGUCCUGUGACUCUGUUCAUUUUUCAGUUAAAAUACAGGGAUUCAUCAAAACCAUUUUAGCAGUUGUACCAUUCAGAAGGGUCAAUAUGCUGAAGUGUUUGACACCUCUGUUCAAGCUAUUAAGUAAUUAAGUUUUUCUUAAACUUUUUUGUUCACUAAAAACUAUCUUAAUUUUUUUUAUUGUUGAAAUCUGAAUUCUUACUUGCAGUAUUUCAACUCUAAUAAGAGCAAUUUUAAUAACAUAAGAGGCAGUGCUCUAAGCUAGGUCAGCAAUGCUUGUUAAUUACUUACCAUCUUAGUCUAGAGCAGCCCAGUAAAUUUAUGUUUGAAACUGUUUGUUGGUUCAGAGGGACUAACAUGAUCCUGUUGCAGAAUUUGUACUCUCUUUAUCCUUCCAUUGCUCCUAACAGAUUUGUAGGAUGAGCGACCAACAAAAUCAACUUUUAUAAACCAUCCAGGCUGGAAAAUAAUGGGUCAAACCAAGGUGAAGUAUGAAUGAACCAGCCUUAUGUACCCAACAGUAGUUUCUAGCCCUCUGAAGGUUAUAAGACAGAAUAUAAACUCAGGAGAAUCUAAUUUUUCUUUUUAUUAGAUAGAUUUAUCUUCUAUGUAAUGUGUAGGGGUGGUUGUUUUUUUUUCUGGCAACUGACCAUAAAGAUAGAAUAGUAUUAUUUUUCUAGCCUUUAGUUAAUUUUGUGUUUCAGUGGCAAUGUCUUGCUAUAAGUAGUCAGAUUUUCUUUGCUAGCAACAGAAGGGUGUACUGAGGUAGGUUUGUUCUUGACCAUCUAAGUUUAGUCCCCAGCUGUGACACCUUUGUGACAAUUCUGAUAGGCUGAUUAUGCAAUGAUAGAAUCUUUGAGUCAACCUUCAUGAAAGAAUCUGGACUUGAAUAUAAUGUGUGUGUAACUUUUAGUGUUUUAACAUGUAAGUAGAACAUAUUUUACCUAGAAAUAGUGGGCCAAAGACCCCAGUACUGCCUGUGAUGACUGUUGAAGGUGAACUAAUACACUACUGAAUCUCCACUGUACCUGCUUUCAUAUGAAUUAAUGCUUUGUCUUGUAGAACAGCAAUAACUUUGACUUGAAUCCUGUUUCAAAGGCUUCUAGCAUCCAGACAGUGAACAGUGAACCCUUGCUCUUUAGAUACAACUGGAAAAUUAUUUGACCAAGGGGUGAACAUGGUGAUUGUUGUAUCCAGCCAUUUACUAGUUAUUUCUCAAAGGUUUACCAAACGUGUAGGUCUGUUUCUGCACUGAACAAGGACUUAUUCAUAUCUGAGCUAGCAGAAUGCUUGAGUAGGAUUAGUGAACUAUAAGGUGGAAAUGGCAAGCUUUGUAAAAUUUCUUUCUGGUUUAGAGUUUUGUUUUCUGCUUGUUCUUAAAAUUAAAAACUUGAUUUCUUUAAAGCUGACUGGAGAAAUAGUGAAAUGAGGAGACCUUUAAUACCUUAAGGUACCUUAAAACAUUUAGUAGAAUGUUUUUACACACAAGUUCAUACCCCUUCCCUCACUUAAACACAGUCCUUUCACUGCUUCAGUUUUUAAUGAUGCAGAUUUGUAAGAGAUCUACAUACACACACACAUCAAGAAUGGUUAAUAAACACAUGAUGCUAUAGUUGAAAUAAUAUAGUACAAAAAUUUGGGACGUUUUUUGGCAGUUAAUUUAAUGCCAAAUCUCUUACUAUAGCACUCAUGAAAAAUACAGGUGCAGAAAUAACAGAUCUUUUCCAAAAACCUUAACCUCUAAUUCCAGUCUUUGUGGAUUUUGUGUUUGUCAGCCUUCAGCAUGACAAGUUUAUUGCUGUGUAUCUAAUUGUUUCCCUUAAUGAGCAGUUUAAUGAAACUCUUUUUAAAUAUAGGCUGGUUUUUUGUAGCUACAGAAACAAACCCUCCUUCCUGUGAUGGUAAGUAGUGUGAAGCAGCUAAACUCAAAAGUGUUCCAUCAUUAGAUGGAAGAGGGUGGCCAACUAAGCAGUCAAACAUAAGUUUCUGUUGGGUUUUUCUUGUGUUUUUUUACAGUGAAGUCUGAGUUGCUAAACUGAUGGUUGUGGAAAGGGAAACUUCACAGGGAGAAAACUGUUUUUUCAGUGAUUCCUGGUUGGUUGAUGCUGUAUAGCAGGAGCACUUUGGGUACCUACCUGCUAUUGUUAUCAUCCAUACGAGAACAUAAGUUAUUGCAGAAAUCCAUGCUGCUGAAAUUAAAAAUGUCACCAUGAACCAGUUCCUCCAAAACUGUCUUCUGCAAUCUGGUAUAGUCAAAUAGAGUAGUGUGAUAAUGGGAAGCGAUAACACCCACAAAAUUCUCUUCAUAUCUGCUUCAGGCAUGGUGAAGACAUUUGGAUGAUCUGGUGAAGAAAAAGUAACUAUUUUAAACUGUAGCAUUAAUUAAGUUUGAAUCCAUAGCAUACAGUAUAUUACUGUCCUUUACUUGUGAGAAUACUGAAAAAAGGUAAAAAAUACCUCCUCAAGUUCCAGCUGUAGUAUUGCCCAGUACCUGCAUCACUUUGGACAAAAUUUUGAAAUCAAGUUACUCAUGGGGAGAUUCUGCUUGUACACAAGAAAAGCAUUUUUCACAAUGAGAAUAAUCAGCUACUAAAAUGAUCUCCUCAGGAAGUGAUGGAUUCCUAGUGCUAAACACUUCUGAGAUUCAGCUGAACAGGUGCUGGGCCAUAUUCUCUAGACCAUGCUUUUGCCAGGAAAGGUUGGACCAGGUGAUCCCUGGGGUCCCCUUCCAACCUGGUACUCUAUGAUUAAAAUGUUCUUUAUUACCACAUCACCAAGGUGGAUGAAAAAUGAACUUCUCUAUAAAGGUUUACCCAUAACAUUUACCAAAAAAACUACUGUUUUUUUGCCUAAGAAGAAACAUGGCCUGUGGCCACAUCACAGCUAUUCCUUCUGAUAUGAUGCAUCUCUUGGGCUGUGAAUCUGUCAUUGUCAUAAGAAAAUAGCAUAUAUUAGUACAGUACCAGUGUGGCUGUCAGGUGGUAGUGCAUUUUACAAGCAGCGUUGCUGGGAAGUUUCAAAUAUACACAGCAAAGACGGUUAAAAGUUCUAAUAUGACAAAAAUGAGCAACUAUGCUUACAUUCCUUUAGCAAUUAACUUCAUAUAAAUACCACCAGUCUGAUUUUGCUUAAUUUUAUAUUCCAGGUUAGAAUAUUAUUUACUUAAAUACUAUGCUGGAGUUCUUCUGUGAACAAAAUCUUAAAACUAUCUCAGAAUAGAUUAGAACUUGAUUAGAACUGAUGCAGACAGGCAUGCAGAGUGCUAGAGACAGCUGUAAUAGUACUUGUACCUCCAGAGAUUUCAUCAAGCCCAUGUAAGCUUGUUGAAAGGUGAGAGUAGUCCAGCUCAUCCUGAAAAAUUCCACUGUCUGUCCUUGACUGCUGACGGAUUAGAGGUCCACUCUCUUCCCUCCAUCCAACCAGUGGCUGCUGCUCUGCAUUCUCUUCCAUAGCUUUUGUAAAACAUGUACAGCAGGGACUGAACUUUUUCAUGAGGUAUUGGUUGAUUUUAAUGUCAAAACACAGUAUCAGAAUAUAACACCCAUAUAUCAAUAAUAAGGAUGCACUUUCAUACCUAGAAUGAAAAACAGGUUUUAUGUAACAUGUAGUAUAAAAGAACCCAGUGGCUGGUAUAAGUAGAGAGAGAAAAUUUGCAUGAGUAGCAAAAGGAAAACACACAAAAGCAUCUAUUUGCAGUUGUAUGGCUGAUGUCAUGGAAGUUUGUGAGUGUCCCCCUGUCUUUCAGCAGUUUGAUUAAUUCCCCUCCCCUGCAGAAUCUUGUUUGUGUAUUGUAUAGCUGCAUGUUUCCCAGGGAAUCUUACUGACUGAACAUCUUCCUGAUGUUUGCAAAACUGAGUCUUCACGUGAUGGUUAAAUUAGAAACUUCAAGAGACUUAGUGCUGGACCUGACUGUCUUUUUGAGGUAACAAGAGUUUUGGUGUUGAUGGAAGAGUUACAACAUCAGAAACUCAUGAUCUUCUGGCAGACAAAUGUUUUUGUGAACAAUUCUGCUGUGAAAGGAAAGGCUCAAAAGGAGUAAAUGAUGAACACUAAUUGCUAUGCUAGAACAGUUGUGACAGAAAUUGUGAAGUCUGUACAGACAAACCUAUGCAGAUCAAACUUUAUAAAUAUGCAGAGUUUGAAUGUUUAGGUAAUAAUCUUUACAAGCAUUGUGACUUUCUGUUUUUUAAAGCCAACAGGAUGUUUAUUUCUGUUAGUGAACGGCAGUUCAGGCUACUUGAAGUUUGGGGGUUUUUGUUUGUUUUUCAAAACACUGUCUCGCUAAUCUCCAGUCAACAUGAAUUCAACACAGCUUGUGCUCUUACCAGUAAAUUCUGUUGUCAGAGAUCAUCGCAAGGACUGCUGCUGCACUGAUUGUAUAGACCAGACAGUCUCUAAACAGCGGCCAACAGGAUAGCCUGGAAACCUGCAGAUCAGAGUCAUUUACUUUUCUUAAACCUCUCUGUAAUACUUUCACUAAGUGCUGUAAAUGCUGCAUCAAUAUGUUGUUUCUAUAUUAUGUAAAAAUUUAAGAUUCUUAGGAAUGACUUAAGUAUGAUAUUUAACAAGUUAGUGUUUUUAAAAACUUUCAUAGCAAGUUAUCUUAAAACUGAUUACAUGCUGGUUUUGCUACUAAAUAAUAAACUUGGCAGUUGUCAUA